AUGAGGCAAGCAGGGACGUAUUCAGGAAUUUUAUCUGGAGGAGGGAUAUCGGGGAAAACUGGACCGCAUUUGUUGCCAUUGGCAAGGAUCAAGAAGAUCAUGAAAAAAUCAAGUGUGGAUGUGAAGAUGAUCUCAGGAGAGGCACCACUCGUGUUCUCAAAAGCUUGUGAGCUUUUUAUCGAGGAACUUACCAAGAGAUCUUGGAACAUGACUAUCCAAGGCAAAAGAAGAACUCUACACAAAGAAGACGUUGCAUCUGCAGUGGCGGCGACAGAUGUCUUUGAUUUCCUCAUUGACUUGGUUCAUCCUAACGCGGCUAGUCAUCUUGAUCCGAAUGAAGAUGAUAGUACCAUUGAAAAGAACCUAUAG